AUGACAUCCAACGAGUACACUUAUUAUUCAGUACAUGACGUUCUCCGUAGCUAUGGUCUUCCAGCGGGACUGUUUCCAAACAACGUCAAAUCCUAUACCUUAGAUGAAACUGGCUUUUUAGAGGUCCAAAUGCAUCACCCUUGUCUAGCUCAAUAUGAAACAAGAGUGUUCUUCAACAGUGUGGUAAGAACUAAUUUGAGUUUUGGACAACUGAUAGUAUUUGAAGGCAUGUACCAAGAAGAGCUUUUCAUUUGGCUACCAGUUAAGGGCUUCAUAGUCACAGAUCCAUCAUCAGGUCUCAUUAUCAUUGAUAUUGGUCUUGCCUAUAAACACCUCUCUUUAUCUGAUUUUGAUAACCCUCCAUCUUGCAUAUAUCAAGGUACACUUCAAAUUGGUGGAAGGAAGGAACUUGCUUCCGAAUACGAGAGAAGUUUGUCUAUGUAA